UAUUAGUUUGAUAACAUUGACUUGAUGUUAUGGAGCAACUGAGAUUGCCAUUUUAGCGAUCAUUGAUUAUUCCAUCAAUUGUAUUAAACGUGAACGUACAGGCAUGAAAGUAAUGAGUAUAUGUGUUGUUUAAACAGCCCGGGUUAAUAUUAUUUACCCUGUAGCCACAAUUAUAAGUGAUAUUGUCGGGAUCCAAACGCUUCGGCAUACAGAUGGUAACAUCUGUGUAGAAAGACAAAGCUAACGGUAGGGACAUCAUUGUACAUUUUGUUAUUACGCUAUCUUCGUGUUUUUGGAGUUUAAUAAUCAUGAGCAGUAUAAACGACAGACCAACUAUCCGCCAACACAGCUCGGAAAAUAACUCCCUCAGCAGCAGUGAAUGGGACAUGGCGAACGAUGUGUUUGUGUCCGGAUACGACGACGAUCCGCUGGGAGACAGUGAUGUCGCUGGGCACAGGGACUUGGUCAGACACCUGCCCAUAUUGUCCCAGGAUGCCAUGGUACUGGGCCUGGCUCGAGAGGAAUACUUGGGUUCAUCGUAUCUGGAAAUUGAUCCCAACUAUAUCGAAAGUGAUGCGAACGCCACAACCAAAAAACGCAUACGGUCAAAUAGCUCCAGGCACCGCGGGGAGAUUGUUACCGAGCUGGGACCGGAGGAGGUCCGCUGGUUUUACAAAGAAGACAAGCGGACAUGGAAGCCAUUUGUCGGACACGACUCUUUAAAAAUCGAAGUAAUGUAUAGGAGACUCAUUGGACAGCAUCCCGACCAACGCCCCCCUGAGGCCAAGGAGAAGGAGGCCGAGGCCGACGAAAUCCAGCCGAAGAGCGCAGAGGGAGAAGCUCGAAGCGGAGAUGGGGACAGCGCCAGUUUCUCCGGGUCAGAGGAGGCGAGGGAGUCGGAGCACCUGGGCACGAGCGUGGAGGCCGUGUGUGUCCGAGGGGGGAUCUAUGAGGUGGAUAUAAGAGAGAAGGAAUGCUACCCCGUGUACUGGAACCAACAAGACCGUAUUCCUGUGAUGAGGGGUCAGUGGUUCAUUGAUGGAACAUGGCUUCCACUCGAGGAGGACGAGAGUGACCAUAUCGAGAUGAAACAUCUCGCUCAUUUCCGGGGGCAACAAAUGAGGGACACCUAUGAGAUGGAGGUGGUAACCACCACAGUGGACAGCAAGGAUGCUAUCGACAGUCUGAAACUGAGCAGGAGUCAUGUGGACUGGCACAGUGUAGACGAGGUGUACCUGUACAGCGAUGCCACCACCUCCAAGAUUGCACGUACCGUCACUCAGAAAUUGGGAUUCUCUAAAGCCUCCAGCAGCGGGACACGUCUCCAUCGGGGUUAUGUAGAAGAGGCGGCACCUGAAGACACCCCACCUGAAACCACGCACAUUGUUUUUGUGGUUCAUGGUAUCGGCCAGAAGAUGGACCAAGGCCGCAUCAUCAGGAACACCAGCAUGAUGAGAGACGCUGCCAGAAAGAUGGAGGAGAAGCACUUCUCUAAUCACACAACAGAGCAUGUAGAGUUCUUUCCUGUGGAGUGGAGGUCAAAACUGUGUCUGGAUGGAGACACAGUCGACUCCAUCACCCCAGACAAAGUGAGGGGUCUCAGAGAAAUGCUGAACGGCAGCGCCAUGGACAUCAUGUACUACACCAGCCCUCUGUACAGAGAUGAGAUUACUAGGGGAUUGACUCUGGAGCUGAAUCGUCUGUACACACUCUUCUGCUCGCGAAACCCGGACUUUGAGAAAAAUGGGAAGGUGUCCAUAGUGUCACACUCUCUGGGCUGCGUCAUCACCUUUGAUAUUAUGACGGGCUGGGACCCCGUGCGCUUUCAUCAUCAAGCAGAACUUGACCUGGAGGAAACAAAGGUUCGGUGGCCGAGUGAUGAAGAGCGUCACCUUCAGGAGCAGCUUAGAGUCACACGCCUCAGGUUAAGGGAUUUGGAGAAUCAGUUCCAGGGUCUGCAUACCUCGAUUUGUGAAGUGCCUGCUUUAAAAUUCAAGGUAGAAAACUUCUUCUGCAUGGGCUCUCCUCUGGCUGUUUUCUUGGCGUUGCGUGGGAUCCGGCCAGGAAACAAUGGUGUACAGGGCCACAUCCUCCCAACGUCUAUCUGCAAACGCCUCUUCAACAUAUUCCAUCCCACUGACCCUGUGGCAUACAGAUUGGAGCCUCUUAUCUUAAAGCACUACAAUAGCAUUGCACCUGUUCAAAUCCACUGGUACAACACCACCAGCCCAACGCGGUAUGAUCAGAUCCGACAGACGCAGCUCAACCCAUCUGUCUCUGACUCAGAGAGUAUUCCCAGCCCCUGCACCUCCCCAACCCUGGCCAGACGUCACUAUGGAGAGUCCAUUACCAGCCUCGGGAAAGCCAGUAUUAUGGGUGCUGCCAGUCUUGGAAAGGGAAUAGGAGGAAUCCUGUUUUCCCGCUUUUCCCGUUCUGGUGGCCAGGUGGGAGGAGUGGAGGAGGACCCAUCAUAUCCGGAGGGCGGGACCUCUGAAGUUGAAAAUGUGACUGCAGUAGAUGAAGGAGUGACUGUGGCAGAGAUUGAAGAAGAGAAAAAGGAACUAGAGCAGGGAAGGGCAGAGGUGGAGCCAACCAUGUAUCAGUCCGCCUCAGCUGUCCUUAAAAACACCUCUAUGGAGCUGGAAAGACGCAUCGACUUCGAGCUGCGGGAGGGCUUGGUGGAGAGCCGCUAUUGGUCGGCAGUAACUUCACACACGGCCUAUUGGUGUUCUUAUGAUGUGGCGCUGUUCCUCCUCACCUUCAUGUACAGACCACAAGAGCCUUUUAAACCUGCAGAAGACCUUGAAAUGUCAUAGCAUGAAAACUGGACACUUUACAGUUUGAAUCAUUUAAUUUUUAAUCAUGCCUUUGUAGAUAGAUUGAAAGACUCAUUUAGGAAAUCAUUCAAAUACCUUGAUUCAAAUAAAAAUUAUGAAGUCAAAUAACAAAUAACAAUUAACAGUGUUUAAUAUAUUAUUGGGAAAUGUAAAAUAUUGGAAAUGUAAUUAAUAUUUGAAAUCAUGUUUACUUUUAGCUUGGUAAACUAAAGUACUCCUGAGCUACUGUAGAUCUGGGUAGGCCCUAUCCCCUCCUGUUUCCACUGGGCUGGAUUAAAAAAAACAACCUUUAAUGUCUUUUCCUUGACCUCUGUAUUAUUAUUUAAUGCAGUGAGCAGCCUUGCAAGGCGUUGAUUGCACUUAAUUGUAUUUGUUUUGUGUUGCUUGGUUUUCUUUUGC